CGACAACCGACGACGCCCGCCGCCCAUUUCUUGAUCACCGACGCAGAGGUUCAAGACCGUCAAAAUGCCGAACAACAGAGUCCAAUACCGCAGACGGAACCCGUACAACACGCGGUCCAACAAGGUCCGUGUCGUUAAGACCCCCGGCGGCGAGCUCCGGUACCUCCACAUCAAGAAGCAAGGCACCGCCCCCAAGUGCGGUGACUGCGGCAUCAAGCUCCCCGGUAUCCCCGCGCUCCGCCCCCGCGAGUACUCCCAGAUCUCCCGGCCCAAGAAGAACGUCAGCCGUGCCUACGGUGGUUCCCGCUGCGCCGGUUGCGUCAAGGACCGCAUCGUCCGCGCCUUCCUGAUCGAGGAGCAGAAGAUCGUCAAGAAGGUCCUCAAGGAGUCUCAGGAGAAGCCCUCCAAGCGCUAAAUGGACUCGUUCAUGUUCGGUGUUCGUGGUUAGUGGGAGCGAAUGAUAUGGAAAUACGAAAAAAAUCGGCAGGGUACGGUUCCUCUUAGACCAGUGAACCACGGCCGCACGACCCAGUCGUGGCUCGAAAUGAAUAUCCAUUCAUGAAUUCUGGCGUUUCAGAUCGAAAAGAAAUUCGAUUAUGAGUUUUUUCUGUACUGCCGCUCUGCCGUUAUGUAGUGAAUCCUUCCCGUACAGGCAACCCGGACGUAACAGGGUGGUUGAAGAUCGGGCUGGUUGAGUUGGGCCAGCGUCUGCUUCCCAACCUACCGAAGUAUGUACAGAU